AUGAAUUGUAGAACAGUUCAUUUGCUUGAUUUACCUGAUGAAAUAUUACUUAUUAUUUUGACAAAACUUGGGCCUGUUGAUGUUCUUUAUUCAUUAUUGAAUGUUAAUAAACGACUUGAUCAAAUGGCAAGAAGUGUUGACAAUACCAAAUUCUUAAACUUUUCAAUGAAUAAUGUUCAACUUGAUCGAUUUUGUUGUGAAAUAUUACCUCAAAUACAACAUAACAUUGUAGAACUUACUCUUGAAAUAUUUUCUAUGGAACGUAUUCUUCUUGCUUGCGAAUAUUCUAAUCUUACUGCGAUUGUUUUAACCAAUUUUUUACCAGAUAUUCUUUUACUAUAUUUAACAGAACAAUUACGUUCUUUUACAGUAGGCGUUGAUUCCAUUAGUAGAUCAACAGUGGACAAUAAUAAUCAAAAAAUUUUAUCUAAUCUCAAAGAAUUCUCAUUAACUAGCUAUAAAAACAAAAACGCUUAUGAUUGUCGAAUAUUACCACUUCUUCGUCGAAUGCCGAAUUUAGAAACUCUCACUUUCGAUCUCUAUAUAGAACAAUUAACUAUUAUUGACGGUUUACAUCUUAGUGAACAACUUCUUAUUCAUAUGAUAUAUUUAAAUAAGUUUGUAUUCCAUAUUUGUACCAUUUCAAAAACUUCUGAAACGAAUUAUUUCUUAACAACGAAUGAUAUUAAAAAUACAUUUCUUAAUUGGAAAUAUUCUUCAGUUAGUUGUUGUAUCGACCAUUUUUCAGACGGAUAUAGUUAUUGUCAUAUUUAUUCGACACCAUUUCAAAUGACUGAUUUUAUAUGUCUUUCAAAUAGUUUUCGUGGUCAAGAUUUCUCAUAUGUUACUAAGUUAUCGUUAUAUGAUACACGUCCAUUUGAACAUGAUUUUUUCGAAUGGCUAUCACAAGCAUGUCCAUCACUCAAAGAUUUACACAUUGCCAAUUCAACACCACAGAAAAAUAAACGUCAAGUUGCAACAGUAGAUGAUAAACAAAUCUGUUCAAAAAUUUCAUAUUUACAUUUAUUUAAACUCAACCUAAAUUAUGCACAUAUGGAUUAUGUUGAUCAAUUUCUAUGUUAUACAAAUACGUAUUUACUAACUUUUCACACACUUAUCAUACAAUAUGAUAAAUUAGUUACUGUCUCAAAUAAUUUUACAAAUGAUGCAAAACAAAUUAAUUGUAGUCAGAUCAAACAAAUCGUAUUUGGUCAAUUGCUUGUCUUACCGAAAGAUUUUUAUGAUUAUUUUCCUUGUUUAUAA